AAUACUUAUGCAAAAAAAUCAGGUGAUGUACACGUCUCUAACAUUUAUAAGGGCAUGAGUUGCGAAAAAGUGAACAGAAUCUGGUUUAACUUCAACUGAGUAGUUUUAGAGACAGCCAGUGGUCUCCAGGAAUAUGCGCAAACUCAACGAUUUGUUAUAUGGACGUGGCGCCACGAAGUUCGAGACCAAUGAAUCGUUCCAGCUUUUAUUUGAAUUUUGGUCUCUGGUUGGUAUUAAGCCACUAAAACUGUACGGAUGGCGUGGUAUGGUACAAAUGUGCUUUUGCUGGUUUCUACUUCUCCUGUGUCCGUUUACCUUCUUUAUGGGCUACCUGCAUACGUUAGAAACUGAGCUUUUAACUGUUCAACUUAGCAUUUUGCAAGCAAUAUUUAAUAUUCUGGGACUGCCAAUCAAGGCGAUUGUCAUUACAAUUUUGGUAACGCAUUUACGAAGCGCCGAGCCGAUCUUUGCUCGUAUGGAUGCACGCUACCAGGGCGUCGCGAGUCGCGAGCAGAUAAAAAAUUGCGUUAUCACCAGCAUACGCUUUUUCGCCAGCGUUAUAAUUGUGUUUAAUUUUUAUGGCUGCACCACAUAUCUCCAAGCUCUUCUCACAGGAAGCUAUCCUAUGCACGCAUGGUUGCCAUUCAUUGAUUCUAUUUCUCAGCCAACCAUAAGAUAUUGGGCACAUUUUAGUUUCGAAUUUUUUCACAUGGUUUUCCUUUUGUCGGUGCAAGCCUCAAUGGAUGCGUUCCCGGCAAUUUAUAUACGAAAUUUACGCACACAUUUCAAUCUGUUGACGGAACGUGUUAGUCAUUUGGGCGAGAAUCCAGAGUUUACUGAUGAACAGAACUAUGAAGAAUUGGUGGAUUGUAUUGUAACCCAUCAGGAAUUGCUGGAGGCGAAAAAUGUCGUUGGCUCCGUCUGCUCGAUAACACUAUUUAUUCAAUUUGUUAUUGUUGCCUUCGCUCUCUGCGUUUCUUUGCUAAAUUUUUUCGUGUUUGCUGAUCGCCGACAACAGAUGUUGACAGUAGUCUAUUAUUUAGGCGUUAUAUUUCAGAUCAUGCCUACUUGCUAUCAAGCAUCGAUGAUAGAAGAUGAUAGCGCCAAGCUGCCUGACGCCAUUUUCCAUUGCAAUUGGUUGGCCAUGGACAAGCGUUCCCGCAAACUCAUCAUCUACUUCAUACAUCGUUCUCAGGAGAACAUUACCUUUGUUGCACUCAAAUUCUUCAAAAUCGAUCUGACAACCAACCUGUCGAUUGUCAAAUUUGCGUUUUCAUUAUACACAUGGAUGAUCAACAUGGGCUUUGGGGACAAUUUGAAGGAUUUUUUGGAAUAAAUAGGUGUAUUGUCAGCAAACUAGCGAUAUCUGACUACGCCAAGUUGUGCUGGGAGUUUGGGUUAUGUUGAUAUUUGACAAAGGUCAAAAUUGGCUUACUGGUGUUAUCCACUCAUGUUAGACAUUGGAAAUAGCGGAUGUUUGGAAAAUCGGUCCUUUUCAAUAUAUUUAUAUUAGUUUAACUAACUUAUGAUAUUAUUGAUUAAAAAUUUAUGGCACUCUAGUAGAACAGAAUACAUAU